AUGAAGUUUUCGUUUCAUUUUUCAUUGAUAAUUUUACUGCUCAUUCGACACGGCUCGUGUUCACGUCAUUACGAUAGACACCGUCUCUUACAGUUGAGAUCUGAAGUGAAAGAAAUGUUUGAACAUGCAUAUCACGGCUAUAUGAAGUAUGCUUAUCCUUAUGAUGAGUUACGACCAUUGACAUGUGAUGGUGUGGACACUUGGGGCAGCUAUUCAUUAUCAUUGAUUGAUGCCCUAGACACUCUAGUUGUAAUGGGACUACACGAUGAAUUUAACAAGGCAGUUGACUACAUAAAAUAUAAUGUUUCCUUUGAUGCAGAUAUCAAUGUAUCAGUUUUUGAGACAAACAUAAGAGUUGUUGGUGGACUGCUAAGCGCUCAUAUGUUAUCCCAUCGAGCUACAACUGAAUUAGAAAUUGGAUGGCCAUGUAAUGGACCACUGUUACGUAUGGCUGAAGAUGUAGCUAGAAGACUAUUACCAGCAUUUGAUACCCCUACUGGUAUGCCUUAUGGGACAGUUAAUCUUCGAUCUGGUGUACCCGAAGGCGAAACAACUGUAACUUGUACAGCAGGAGUUGGUACAUUCAUAUUAGAAUUUGGAACCUUGUCCCGACUAACUGGUGAUUCUAUAUUUGAACAGGUAGCUUUAAAAGCUCUUCAUUCAUUGUUCAACCAUAGAUCUAAAAUGGGAUUAAUGGGUAAUCAUUUGGACGUGGCCUCUGGAUUGUGGAUUGCACAUGAUUCAGGCAUUGGUGGUGGGAUUGAUUCAUAUUUUGAGUACUUAGUUAAAGGAUCUUUGCUAUUUAACUUGCCUCAUUUAAGAAGCAUGUUCGAUGAGUUAAGAAAGCCUAUUGAUAAAUACUCAGCAACUUCCACAGGGUGGUAUUUUUGGGUGAACAUGCAAAAAGGCCAAGUAACAAUGCCCAUAUAUCAGUCAUUAGAAUCAUAUUGGCCUGGGCUUUUAAGUCUAAUAGGUGAUAUAGAUAUUGCCAUGAAAUCGAUGUCAAAUUAUCAUGAUGUACUUAAAUUAUACGGUUUUACCCCUGAAGUUUACAACGUUGUCAAUCAAGAGUCUGCUAGAGAUUCAUUCCCAUUACGACCUGAAUUAGUCGAGUCUGCCAUGUAUCUGUACAAGGCAACUAACGGAGAUCCUUAUUUAUUAGAUAUAGGUAGCGACAUUCUACGUUCCAUUCAACACAGUAGCCGCACGCGAUGUGGAUAUGCAACGAUUAAAAGUUGCAAAAAACAUUCUCUUCAAAAUAGGAUGGAGUCAUUUUUUCUUGCUGAAACAACCAAGUACCUAUAUUUACUUUUUGACCCCGAUAACUUUAUACAUAAUGAUGGAAGUCAUGGUAAAGUUUGGAAAACAGCCGGGGGCCGUGAAUGCAUAGUCGACGCAGGUGGAUACGUUUUCAACACAGAGGCUCAUCCUAUAGAUCCCGGAAUAUUGCAUUGUUGUUACAUGGCUGACAACAACCAUUGGUCGCAUCGUCAACAGCGAAAAUAUAAACGUUUUAUGAAGUCAUCAAUGGUAGUUGGCCAAAAAAAAGAAUCAACCAAUCAAGGAAAAGGCACUGUGACCGGAGAGAAUGGCAACUCGGCAAGUGGUCAUGGGUUUACCGUGGACGAGAGCAGCAUCUAUUGGACGCAACAGGCGCACGAAGACCAACGGCCGCAGUUCAAAAACGAUCAUCAAAAACCGGCGGACGGGAUCUCGGGUAGGCCUCCGACGAUGAAUUCGUUGCAACCGCCGCCACCGAUGCCGCCGCCGUCGUCACGACCACCGGUGAUUUAUCGAACGGACGACCAAUUGCAUGACGACGGUAGGCGCGAGGACGAGGAAGACGCCGAUGACGACCAUAACGGAAACAGAGUCAACGCCGGUGACGGUGACGAACGGUUCGAGUCUACGACUCGGCAGAAGGAGAGGACUGCUAAACUGGACGUUUCUGGUUCGGCGGCGGUCGCGGAGUCGCACGAUUUCCCCGAUUACGACGAAGGUUUCAAAGACCUGACGACCGCCGACCGCCGUUAUCGGCAGCCGUCGUCAGCCGAUUACGAUCACAAUCGCGGCGGCGGCGACGAUGAAGACGACGACGACAAUAAUUGGAAAGCCAAACAACACCGUUGGACGAGCGAAAAAAGGCAACAGGACGACCAGGACGACGAUGACCCUUUGGCGGCCGGCCACGACGACGGCGACAACGGUUACCAGGUGCUCGCGUGCCCCGCGACGAAUAACUUUUACACGCAUUUCCGGUGGUGA